AUGGACUCGACCAUUGGCCGAAUCAUCGCUGGUCAAAUGCGAUGGUUUGCAGAAUAUACCACGCGCGUCGCCAUGGGUGCAAUCAUCGAGGGCAUUUGCAUCUUGUUGAUGAGGGCCUACGGUCCCAUUCCCGCCGCAGAUGCCGAAUGGAUCGAGGAAGCUGCUCGCGCAGAGGCAAGAAGACUCGUCGCGGAAGAGCACCCACAGGAUAUUGCAACUAUGCACGGCGUUCUCCGUGCCAUGUCCGAGAGGAUCGUAGCACUAGAAGCGCAGGGCUUGCAGAGAGAACAAGUUGUACCACAGCAGGAGGAUCCGAUGGAUACUGGCGCAGCGCAAACUUCAGCUGACCUUCCGACAAUACCAUCGCGCGUGGAGCCGACCAACGAGUAUCGCCCAGCGCAUGGGAGCUCGAGCCCGCUCUCACAGCCUGCUGAUGGCAUUGAGGCACUGGAUUCAGACGUCGAGCGCGAGCUCAGAUACAAGGAGGCGCGAGUCAUGUAUGUCGAGAGCAAGAGAGACCGCAAGCGCGCGCAGAUCGAAAAGAAGUUUGCCAAAGCCGACCGCCGACGCCUCGAGCGCAAGGCAAACAAGCGAAAGCAUAGACUGAUCGAAGGCAACAACGCCUCAUGUGAGGGUAGCGAUGAGAAGCUCGUUUGUCAGAUGUGCAACCGGAAGUUUCUUUCCGGAAACAAGGUGCACCAGCACAUUCGAGAGGAUCACGAAAUUGGGGGAGACGGUCUUCGCAAGAACGAUUCCCGCUCCAGGACCUCAAGCACACGUGAGUAG